AUGGCAUCUCUGCAAAUCCCAUUCUUAUCUCCUCUGAUCUCAUGGCUUUAUUCGAUAUUCUUUCAAAAACAUUUGGAGAUAUGCGUGUUGGGAUUACAAUCUGCCGGAAAGACUUCUCUAGUCAACUUACUUGCGAUCGGACAAUUUAGCGAUGAAAUGGUUCCAACUGUUGGAUUUAAUAUGCGUAAAGUCAAAAGUGGAAAUGUUGCAAUCAAAGUAUGGGAUAUUGGUGGUCAACCUAGAUUUAGAUCUAUGUGGGAAAGGUAUUGUAGAGGUGUUUCGGCAAUCUUGUUUGUCGUGGAUUCGGCCAUUCCAUUGCCUUAUUCGGAAGGAGCAAAGACAAAUCAACCGACUAAUCCAUGGCUAGUUGCAACUGAUGAGCUGCAUUCACUUAUGACAAGACCGCAAUUGGCUGGUAUUCCUCUACUAGUCUUAGCAACAAAGAAUGACGUAAAGGGAGCAGUGAGCGCGGAAGAGGUGAUCAGGGUAAUGCGUCUGGAGACAAUCUCUAAUCGAGAGGUAUCUUGUUAUUCUAUUAGCAGUAAGAGACAAGUGAAUAUUGACGUCACUUUGCGAUGGCUGUGCGCUCGUAGCCCUUCCAGUGCAAGGUAA